AUGUUUCAACAUCCAGUCAUUGAGUCAAGCGGAUUCCACGGUCAACCCAAGACCUUAUUAUCAUCCCCAUGCAUGCAUGAAUCAGCUCUUACUCUUGAUUACUAUGCAAAAACAUGUCCAAGAUUUGAAGAUAUCUUGAGAGAUGUAACCCAAGCAAAACAAGCUCAAAGUCCCACCACAGCAGCCGCCACCCUCCGUGUCUUCUUCCACGAUUGCAUGGUUGGUGGUUGUGAUGCAUCGGUUCUGGUAAAGCCCACCGCCUUCAAUAAGACCGAGAUGGAUGCAGACAUCAACCAUUCCCUUGCGGGUGAUGCAUUCGAUUUAAUUGCUCGUGCAAAAACCGCCAUUGAGCUUUCCUGCCCGGGCGUUGUCUCCUGCUCUGAUAUUCUAGCUGUAGCCACUCGUGAUCUUGUUUCAAUCACCGGUGGACCUUUCUAUAACGUCUCUUUGGGACGAUUAGACGGCCUUGUCUCUCAGGCCUCACAGGUUGAUGGAAACUUAGCCAGGUCAAACGCGUCUGCGGACACAAUGAUCAAUAUUUUUGCAGCCAAGAAUUUCACCAUUCCUGAAAUGGUUGCACUAAUUGGUGGUGGCCAUACAAUAGGAUUUGCUCAUUGUUCUGAAUUCGCAGACAGGAUUUUCGGUCCCAAGGUUGAUCCCAGUAUAAACCCUAAGUUAGUCGAAGGGUUGAAGAAGACUUGCGCAAAUUACACGACCAAUGAAGGAUUAUCAGCCUUCUUGGAUGUGAUGAGUCCCGGUGUAUUCGACAAUAGACUUUUCAAGAAUUUGCAGAAUGGAUUGGGAGUUCUAGCAUCUGAUCAAGUUCUGUUCUCAGACCCCAGAACUAGGCCUCUUGUGGAUAAGUAUGCACAGGACAGCCAAGCAUUUUUCGAUGAUUUUGCCAGGGCAAUGGAAAAGGUUAGCAUUUAUGGAGUCAAAACUGGCAAGGAAGGAGAGGUGAGGAAAAGAUGCGACGUAUUAAACUCAGCUUAA